AUGUCGUUGAGGAGCUUAAAAGAGAAUCUGAAGAGACAAUCUUCUUCAUCAUCCACCGCCUCCUUGCGAUUCUCAUCAGAAUCUCAGAAUUCCAUCUCGUCGUCGCUGCAGGAGGUGGUUGCCCCGCCGAGGAAACCCCCCAAGUCCUCGCUCUCCCAGCAGCUCCAGCGGUGCAGCGGCUCCCUCGAUUUCUCUUUCAGCCCCCUUCCUCCUCGUCCCCCUCCCGUCCCUCGUCGGACGCCCGUUGGAGAUGGACACUCUACGACUGGUGAGGAGAAGAAGAUUUCAAGUGGGCAGGGUGCUGAACGACAUGUUGCCCUCAGCGACGAAGAAGGCGAUGAAGAAGAUCAAGAUGAAGUACGAGGUGUCCUCUCCCGACCAGCCUCAUCGGACUUCUUCUCCAGCGCCGUCAGAGGGCCCUUUGAGCCAUUUAUCCUCUCUUCUCCCGGUGAAUCUCCUAUCAUUCAGGUACUUUUGCUCCUUAUCUCUCCUUGUCCCUUAGAGCAUUCUUGGGAGCUUUACCAAAAUAAGUAAGGCUUUGCUAGGGUUCUGGGUUUUUACCGUAGUCUGAUUUAUUUCUUCUAGUAGUGUUUGGUCUUCACCGAAUAGUUAUAGUCAAGAGUUACUGUCUGCGAUUUGAUCAACCCUCUAUAGGGGAAAAGGAAAUAUCGAUGUGCAGAACUAGCUUUUUCAUGAUGAAACUACGCAAUUCCUUGACUGGGUAUUGUUCAAUGAUCUAAUGAGGCAUUCAUGAACUAGGCAUUAUGGGGACGAGGAAACAUGACAUCAGUAAUAGCUGGCUAGAUCCAAUCAGCAGGUAUGAGAAAUGGCGGGAAGGUACGUAGCCAAGAGGGAAGAGACAGAAGGGCCACUACGUCAAUGCCUAUAGAAAAGGGGUCAGGGAUGGUGUGUUGGGGAGAUAGGUGAGAGAUUAUGUCAGAUAUAUCUGAUCGUGCUUUCAUGCGUGAUGCAUGAAAGGUAGAUAUAGCUGAACAACCAGGGAAAGGGAAUAAUUAGUAUCGAAAUAAGUUGAAUGUUUGUAACUUGCAUUGCAUAUGAGUCAUAUUUCAUACUUUGUUGAAUAAGUAUAGGAUAAGAAAAGAGAAAUCUUCAGAGCAUUAUUUUCCUUACUAAGAUGUCCAUUUUGCCACUUGAUCAUUUCUCUAGACCAUGAUGGAGUGAGUUAGGAUGUUUAUAAUGAUUUUCACAUAAAAAAAUUCUUUAUUAAAAGUGAUGAACUUCUUUAUAGGUUCCUGCAUCAAUCAAUUGUAGGCUUCUAGAGCAUCAAAGGGAAGGAGUGAGAUUUUUGUACAUGUUGUACAAGAAGAAUCAUGGUGGUGUACUCGGGGAUGACAUGUAAGUUUUUUUUACUGCUUCUAGCUCAUUUGAUUUUUUUUUGAGUAAUUCUCAUGGUGUAAAGUUGGGAGUUGUUACAGGGCUAGUGUCAAUAUAAACCGAGGGUUUUCAUCUGUAAGGUUGCAUAGGCACCAGUUAGGCGCUGCUCAAAUGUUCGCACUUUUAAUUUUUUUUUUUCAUAUCAAUUUUUUUCCUUUUGAAUCAGGGGUCUGGGGAAGACCAUUCAGACCAUUGCUUUCUUGGUUGCUGUGGCUGGCAAAGGCUCCGAAUAUCAGGAUGCCCAGGUGAGCAAAAGAGAACAUAUGACAAGGAUAGGUCCAGUGCUGAUAGUCUGCCCAACUUCUGUCAUAUGCAACUGGGAAAAUGAGUUCCAAGAAUGGAGUGAUUUCAGUGUUGCCAUCUAUCAUGGACCAAAUCGUGAUUUGAUCCUUGACAGGCUAGAAGUUCGAGGUGUUGACGCCCUCAUAACCAGCUUUGACACAUUCAGAAUUCAUGGCAAGAUCCUAUCUGAGGUCAGGUGGGAAAUUGUAGUUGUUGAUGAGGCUCAUCGCUUGAAGAAUGAAAAAUCCCAGCUGUACAAAGCGUGCUUGGAAAUCAAGACAAGGAGGCGUUUUGGGCUUACUGGAACCAUAAUGCAGAAUAAAAUAAUGGAAGUAUUUAAUUUAUUUGACUGGGUUUUGCCUGGAUCCCUUGGAACCAGGGAACAUUUCCGAGAUUUCUAUGAUGAACCCUUGAAGCAUGGCCAGAGGGUAAGUGCUCCUGAAAGAUUUGUCCAAAUUGCUGAGGAGAGGAGGCAGCAGCUUGCCUCAGUUCUACACAAGUAUCUCUUGAGGAGGACCAAAGAGGAGACCAUCGGCCAUCUUAUGUUGGGAAAGGAAGAUAACAUUGUUUUUUGUGCUAUGAGCGAGCUGCAAAAGCGUGUCUACAGAAGGAUGUUGGCGCAGCCAGAGAUUCAAUGUCUCAUAAAUAAGGAUCUUCCUUGUAGUUGUGGAAACCCUCUUACUCAGGUUGAGUGUUGCCAUCGGAUAAUUCCCACUGGAAUCAUUUGGUCUUAUCUUCACAAGGACAACCCAGAAGGUUGUGACUCCUGCCCAUUCUGCGUGGUUCUUCCCUGCCUUGUGAAGCUGCAGCAGGUGACUCGGCUUUUCAUUUUAUGUUUUGUCACUAGUCUUUAAACCUCAAGUUAUUAGUAUGAUUUUUCCAGAUAAGCAAUCACCUGGAACUGAUCAAGCCCAAUCCUAGGGAUGAAAUAGAGAAACAGAAGAAGGACGCUGAGUUUGCAUCUGCGGUGUUUGGUGUGGACAUUGACUUGGUGGGUGGCAGUACCCAGACUGAAAGCUUUAUGGGUCUUAGUGAUGUAGAACAUUGUGGAAAAAUGCGAGCUUUAGAAAAGCUUUUAUCAUCGUGGAUCUCAUAUGGCGAUAAAGUUCUCUUGUUCAGCUACUCUGUCAGGUGAUCAUUAAUUUCUGUCACUUAUGAAAUCCAUUUGUGGCUUUUUCCCGAUUAACCUGUAAUUGUUUUAUGUUCGGUUGUAUUAAUCCCCAAUAAUUCCGUUUAAUUUAUUUAAAAAUUACAGUUCUUGAUCAAACCCUGAGUUUGACAUGUACAUAAUCUAUCUUAUAGUAUCAUUUAUUUAUUUAUUUAUUUUUAAUCUGUUGAGAAUGCCUUAUAUAUGUGUAUUCCGUUCAUCAUCUGAUAGUAUUAUAUCAGAGUAAGUUUUCAUUAAUAAAAGGCCUUGUGAUAUACUUUAUAUAUUUUAACCGUCUGGAUGAUAUCCACGUUUUUCUGUCGUUCUUGUUGUGUGCCUAGUUCCAUGGAUUAGAGGUGGAACCAGAAAAACGUAAUCACAAAAUGGAAGAAAUUUAAAACCCAAAAGGAUUUUUCCCCUCUGAAAAAAAAACCCACAGACCUGAUUGAUAUGGCGUCAUGUCAGAUGAUUUAACAGAGGGCGGCUGCCAUCAGCUUGUGGCGUAACGAUAAAAGAAUCUUUCUCUAUGUUGUGUCUAUAUCCAGGGAAAAAAUAAACAGUUCUGUUUUUUUUUAUGCAUAUUCUGAUGAGAUUUGGUUUCUUUUCUGCUCUAAACAGGAUGCUGGAUAUAUUGGAAAAGUUUCUCAUCCGGAAAGGCUACUGCUUCUCCAGACUUGAUGGCACAAUUCCGAUGAGCUUACGCCAGUCUCUAGUUGAUGAUUUCAACAGGAGCCCUAGUAGACAGGUGAUUGAUAUUCUUGAAUGUAAUACCUGUAUCAUCUAUUUUAUUGGCGUCAACAGAUCGUUUGCCCUAGUAUAUAUAUGACCAAUACAAGUAGAUCAUAUAAUGUGCAUACGAUCUUCUCAUGCAGGUGUUUCUGAUUUCAACAAGGGCUGGUGGAUUGGGUCUGAAUCUCGUCAGUGCCAACCGGGUUGUGAUCUUUGACCCCAAUUGGAACCCAUCUCAAGACUUGCAAGCGCAGGACCGGUCCUUCCGCUAUGGUCAGAAACGUCAUGUUGUGGUGUUUCGGUUCCUUGCAGCUGGUUCGAUUGAGGAGCUCGUAUAUACUCGGCAGGUCUACAAGCAGCAGCUCUCCAACAUUGCUGUUUCGGGGAAGAUGGAGAGGCGCUACUUUGAAGGAGUCCAGGUGUGAUGCACAUCUUAACUAGCAGCCCUUCAGUUCUACCCCUCUCUGUUUUUUUUUCCUUUUUUGGAAAAUUUUGGAUUGUUGACGGGAUCAAGUUAUCUACAGGACUGUAAAGAAUUCAAGGGCGAACUAUUUGGAAUCUGCAAUCUUUUUCGAGAUCUAUCUGAUAAGCUGUUUACUAGUGAGAUCAUUGAAUCGCAUGGGGAUCAACAGAAAAGUAGUAAAAAAUCUUACUGCAUUGAGGAAAAAUGUGGGGAAGAUCAUGCCGUUCUAGAGAAGCAGAUUCUUAGUCUUCCUUCCAUGAAAGGAACAGAGAAGGGAGUUCCAGCUCAAAGGAACCUUGAUCUCCACCUGUUGGAUGUGAGAAAAGUUGGAGGCCUGCAUGAUUUGGGUAAGUAUUGUUGACUUUGUUCCUUUAUAUUUAGUUCCAAUUUUUCUUCUGCAUGGAUUCUGGUUUGUAUCUCAACCAACCUUCAUGAAUCAAGUGCGGGCAUUCUCAAAGUCAGACUUAGCUCCAAAUGCAUCUCAAAGUUCAUUGCGAGAGUUGAUGUUCAUUAGAGAAAACAUCCCCACCGUUGACCAAUGAAGGUGUGGAGAGUGGCCUCAUGAGCUUGCCUUCUGAUUCAUCUCGAAGGUCAAAGUUACAAGGAUAUUACAGUAAAAAUCUCAAGUCACUGAAAAAAUUAUAGAAAGUCACAUCAUAAACAUCCCCACCCGUUGACCAAGGAAGGUAUGGAGAGUGGCCUCAUGACCUCGCCUUCUGAUUUAUCUAGAAGGUCAAAGUUAGAAGGAUAUCAUAGUAAAAAUCCCAACUCAUUGAAAAAAAUAUAGGAAGUGUAAUCAUGAACAUGGCUUCUGAUGGUGGCCCUUGAAGGCCAAGAAAAGUAGGACAUUAGAGGAAACAUUCCACUUCAUACAACAAGGUCAGGAGCAUGACCUCAAAGGUCAAAAUUAGCAUAUAUGACUAUUACAGUAAAGAUCCCAACUCAUUGACUAAAGUCUGGAGAGGACAUCGCGAAAUUAGCUUCUAAUUAGGUUUUUAUGUCAAAAUUAGUAGAAUAUUUAGAGGAAACACCCCCUCCCUCCUAAAUUCAUUGGACAGUUCAUUAAUUUCAGUAGGAUAUAUUUACUUUGAUCUAUGUGAUGUGGAUCAUGUCAUUAUAGCUUGGAUACCAUUUGGCCCAUCACCUUCAUCUGCCAUGGGUUUGUCUGGAAAGGUUUUUGAGGAUGGCUCAAGAGUAGCUGACCUAGAAAGCUUUCUUAGGCGAAGGACUGAAUGAAGAUCUUGAAUGAGCUCAACAUGAUGCCAUAAAAAGUAUAUUUAUAUUUAGGUGAAAGUAGAAGCCAUGCAUUCGAUCAUCUGCUCUGGGAAUCUUCACCUCACUCCUCUAUUCAAUAAAUUUAUCAAACUGUUUAUUCCAUUUUUGGGGGUAAUUUAGGCAAUUGAAGGCUUGGAUUCUCAUCCUUGUUCUACUCAAAUCCACAAAUUAGAAGUAAAAACAGAGAAAAAAAGAAAAAAAAGGAAAACUGGGUGAAUAGAUUUUGAUGGUACAAACCCCCCUAGAGAGAGAAAUUAUGAAUAAAUUUGAUGAGACCUCCCCCCCUAUCACAUCUAUCUGCUCUGGACUACUCUAUUCAAUAAAUUUAUCAGAACGUUUAUUCCAUUUUUGGGGGUAAUUCAGGCUACUGAAGGCUUUGAUUCUCAUCUUUGUUCUACCCAAAUCGACAAUUAGAAGUUAAAAAAAAAGGAUGAAUAGAUUUUGAAGGUACAAACCCCCCUAGAGAGAGAAAUUAUGAAUAAAUUUGAUGAGACUACUCCCCCCUCCCACAUCUAUCAUACAUCUAGGAGGCUUUCUACUUUUGUCUGAGCCAGCCAUAUUUGGUCAACUCUUUCCUUAGUUAGAACAUUCUUUGACUGAACCCAUUAAACGGUGGACUCCCAUUUCAUUCAUGCUCACCUCCUCUUACAGGGAUUGUUUAUGCCCACCGGAACGAGGACAUUGUGAAUGCAGGGCCGGGUGAAGGCCCUGCGAGCUCGGAGGCCAAGAUCUCAGAUGGAAAUCAGAUGGAAGGAGGCGCUUUCUGGAGACAGAAGGCUUCUAGAGAGAGAAACAGCAAGAGGGCCGAGUACGAACUCAUUGCGGAGGGGAGGGGGAUGGGGGUGAUGGAAUUCAGCAGGUGGGUGCUGGCGGCCUCGCCCUCUGAUCGCCAGGGGGUCCUUGCAGAGUACUACAAGAGGAGGAAGCGGAAGAAGACGAAGGGGACCUUGGAAUAA